AUGGCUGUAGUCCUGGUUGUUAUGGAAAUUGGACUCUUUUACUAUGUUAUUGGUUUGCGCGCAAGUGCUUCUGGUUCUCUAAUAUUCUCUGGUGUCAUUGCCAUGGGUAUAUGGAAUUUCUAUGCAGAUGAGCAAGCCACUCUUAAUUGGAAGACUUCAAGGUUUGUUGCUCUUUUACAGGGGAUGCGUGUAGAUGAUAUGGAACUUGCAAACUGUGAUAAAGCUGCCCCCGCACCUGCAUCACAUUAUCCUCCCUCAGGUGUGCUUGAGCCUGUAGUUCGGCAUCGGAGGAGGGGCUGUGAGGAGGAGGCAGCUGCAGUCAGAGAGAAGUGCUCACAGAUUAUUCAGAAGUCUAAGAAAGCUCGUAGUGGUUCAGUGGGCAUGCCAGCUGAUGUCAAAUCCCUAGAAACUGAAGGGAUUAAAAAAAGUCGGGUUGGCAAAGGUGGCAUGAACAAGAAAGUCACAGAGGAUGCUAGCCAAGUGUCAUUUGCAAAUUGCAGAAGACUUAGCACUGCAAAGAAGGAAAUUUUUGAGAAGCUUGGUGUGUGUAGUAGUGAGAAAGAACCUACAGAUGGACUAAAUUCUUCACAAGGAAAGGUGAAGCAGAAGUACCAUGAAGAGCAGAAAGCUCCUGCAAAUGGUACCAAGACUGCUGCAGUUAAGCAUAGGAAGCCUGUGGAUCGUAUAGGCAGAGUUUAUAUCAAAAAGACUUCCUGUGCCAUUUCUAAUGUUGAAUCUGAAUCGGAGAACUUCGUCGUCAAGCAAACGAUUGUUGCAGACCCAGAAUUUCAUGAUUUCGAGAAUGAUCGGACAGAGGUUUCAUUUGCAGAUAAUAAAGUCUGGGCUACUUACGAUGGUGAUGAUAGGAUGCCCCGUUACUAUGCUCUGAUCCACAAUGUCAUAACAUUGAGACCAUUCAAGGUGAGCAUAAGUUGGCUUAGUUCCAAAGGCAACCAAAAACUUGGCCCUAUGUGGUGGGUUGGAUCUGGAUUUGCCAAGACCUGUGGGGAUCUAUGGAUUGGUGACUCUAUCGUCUAUGGCUCCCUUAAUGCUUUCUCGCACGUGAUGAGGUGGAAGAAAAGCUCGAGGGGCUUAAUUCAGAUUUAUCCCUUGAAGGGAGAUGUUUGGGCUCUGUAUAGAAACUGGUCUUCUGAUUGGAACGAGUCCACUCCGAAUGAUGUAAAGCACAGCUACGAUAUGGUCGAAGUGAUUGAAGACUCUAGCAAGGAACAUGGUGUAACUGUUGCUCCACUGAUCAAAGUUUGUGGCUUGAAGACUCUGUUUGGAAAGCAUCCAGAUCCAUGUAAAUUAUGGACAAUUCCAAGAGAGGAAUUGUUCCGGUUCUCUCAUCAGGUCCCUGCUCAGUUGAUUACAGGUGAAGAAGGUGCAAAUGCUCCUAUUGGAUGCUGGGAGCUUGAUCCUGCAUCCACUCCUUUAGAGCUUCAAGUGUCGACACAAGGUCAGGGAGGAGAUAUGGACAGACCUGCUGGAGCACUUGUCUGCUGAUUUUCUGCGGUUGUUAAAAUAGCCACUCGAUAUCCAUUGUUAGUAGUUAAUCUGCAGAUUCGGCAGGUAAUAAUGGGUGGAUACAGAUUCUGUCCAGAAGAGUAAUCUCAACAUUUUAGUCAACUUUGGGGAAAACUGAUUUUGCUUACUAGGAUUAGCUCAACAGUUUCUUUUCAGGCAAAGAUGCCUGAUUCUCCUCAUUAAAGCUGUCUCAGCAAUACAUGGAUUACAAAGUCGGCAAAAUCUGUAUGAUCUGGCUGAAACUUUUAUAUAUACAUAUAUGUAUAUAAUGUAUGAGAUCUCCAUUAUGAGGAUGAAUGUUCGUUCUUUUCUUAGCCCUCUA